AUGAAAACUGGCACUUCCGGUGUACAAACUACGUGGCGAUCAGUGGCCAACCUGACUGCUGACGUGCGAAAAUAUGAAUUGGAGGGAGUAGAAACAUCCACGACAUAUACAGUCACAGUGCGUGGACGCAUGCUGCCCAACAGUUUCAGCGACAUGGCUGACCCGCUGGUAUUUGAGACAAUGAAUGCAGAUCUCAGCCUUCCCCAGAAUGUAAAACUGGAAGCCGUCGAGCCUUACACAGUGCGGAUGACAUGGGAUGUGCCAAAGAAGGAAAAUAUCAAGCUCGCCUCACUCAAUUUCCACGAAUUCACCAAUUUAACGCCGGGACAAUCCAUUACCGUUUCCAUUUGUGCGCACAAUCAACCGGAUGCUUUGGUGAAAUUUGAUUACAUCGGUGCCCGCAGUGAUUUCCUGCAAUUCACCAUACCACCAACAAUGCAAGUGAUGCACAAUCCUGAGGGCGUCAUUAGAGAGUUUGGUGGCUUUGAAAUUGUAACGAAGAAUGGCCCUCCCAACCCACUAAAUGCCUGGCAAUCCGUGGCCAACCUCACUGCUAAUCAGCGGGACUACCAAAUAGGCGGAUUUCUUCCCCUACUUACGUAUACAGUCACGGCGCGUGGACGCGUAUCGCCCGACAUUUUCAGCUGUUCCCCGAAUGUGAAACUUGAUGCAAUCGACUCAUUCACGGUGCUCCUGACAUGGGAUUCGCCAGCCCCAUCCAACGACUGCAUUACCGGCUACAACAUUGAAUGGCUUCUCGAUAACAGGAAGCAGAGGAGUAUCCACCUCCCCUCAGGCCAUUCCUACACCUUCACGGAUUUGAAGCCGGGACAAACCAUUUCUGCCUCCAUUUCUGCUCACUGUCAAGUGUCGACGUCGGUGAAAUUGGAGUACAUCGGUUCCUUCAGCAUGCGAAAACCGACAUUUGAAGCAACUUACCACGAAGACAUUCGCGAUUUGUGCAUAGUGGUGCACGAUCCUGAGGACGUCGUGGGAGAGUUUGGUGGCUUUGAAAUUCUAACGAAGACUGGCCCUCCCGACUCACCGAAUGCCUGGAAAUCCGCGGCCAAACUCACUGCUGGCGCGCAGGAAUACCGAAUGGAGAAGCUACUUCCCCUGCUUACGUAUUCAGUCACAGUGCGUGGACACGUAUUGCCCCACAGUUUCAGCGUGAUGGCCGACCCACUGGUGUUUGAAGUAAUACACGCAGAUCUUAUUGUUCCGCAGAACGUGAAACUGGAAGCAGUCAACCCCAACGCAGUGCUCAUGACAUGGGGUGCCCCGGUUAGUUCCAACGGUCACCUCACUGGCUACACCAUUGAAUGGGGUGAUGAUAUGAGCAGACAGGAGCGUACCCACCGCCCCCCAGUUCAUUUUCAUGUUUUCACCCAACUGCAACACGGACAAACCAUUUUUGCAUCUGUUUGUACAAACACUCAACCGUCGGCUUCUGUGAAAUUUGAAUACAUCGGCUUCUUCAGUGAAAUCAAGACCGUGUCCACACAGCAUCUUCAAGAAUUCACACAGAAACCGGUGUUUGCGGCUACUUACCACGAAGAAAUUGAAGAAUUGGACAUUGUGAUCUUAAUGGCGACUGGUGGUUCGCACUUGCAAAGCUUGUGGCAGUCAGUGGCCAACCUUACUGCUGAGGAGCGGGAAUAUCAACUUGUGGGACUGCACCCUUCAAAGGAAUAUGCAGUCACAGUGAGUGGACAUGUGACACCGACGCCCAACGAUUUCAGCGUGCUGGCUGAUCCAUUGCCUUCUCUAAUCUACUUGCAUGCAAUCAGUAGCGGCUCCUUCUUUCAUUCACCUUUGCGCUGA